GUAAUUUAGUUGGUGAUGGGUUCGAAGCCGUGGCUACAUCUGGCUCCAACCUAUCGUAUAUUAGAGACGUUUUGGGAUACAGAUGAAGGCCCAGGUCCACGUUGUGGUCAUACGCUUACUGCUAUAGCUGCUACCAAGACUCAUGGUCCAAGACUCAUACUCUUUGGUGGUGCCACUGCUAUUGAGGGUGGCAGUGGUGCUGCCCCUGGCAUAAGGCUGGCUGGUGUAACUAAUUGUAUUCAUUCAUAUGAUGUUCUUACCAGAAAAUGGACCAGACUUAGACCUGCUGGUGAGCCACCUUCACCAAGAGCUGCACAUGCUGCUGCUGCUGUUGGAACAAUGGUUGUCUUUCAGGGUGGGAUAGGACCAGCAGGGCAUUCAACUGAUGAUCUUUAUGUGCUUGAUUUGACAAAUGACAAAUUCAAGUGGCACAGAGUUGUUGUUCAAGGUCAAGGUCCUGGACCGCGGUAUGGCCAUGUAAUGGACUUGGUUGCACAAAGAUAUCUGGUAUCCGUCAGUGGCAAUGAUGGGAAAAGAGUUCUUUCUGAUGCUUGGGCCUUGGAUACUGCUCAGAAACCUUAUGCGUGGCAGAGGCUGAAUCCAGAAGGUGAUAGACCGUCAGCUAGAAUGUAUGCAACAGCUAGUGCUCGGACCGAUGGCAUGUUUUUGCUUUGUGGUGGGAGAGAUGCUUCAGGCACGCCCUUAGCAGAUGCCUAUGGCCUGCUUAUGCAUAGGAAUGGCCAGUGGGAGUGGACUCUUGCACCAGGAGUGGCACCAUCACCAAGGUAUCAACAUGCUGCUGUAUUUGUUGGUGCAAGAUUGCACGUUACAGGAGGUGCUCUUAGAGGUGGACGUGGAGUAGAAGGUGAAGCAGCUGUUGCAGUGUUGGACACAGCUGCUGGAGUUUGGUUAGAUAGACAUGGACUGGUAACUGCUUCACGUGGUAGCAAGGGCCAAAAUGACCAAGAUCCUUCUUUGGAGCUUAUGCGUCGCUGUCGCCAUGCAGCUGCAUCUGUUGGUGUUCGGAUAUAUAUCUAUGGUGGUCUUAGAGGAGAUACACUUCUGGAUGAAUGUCUGGUUGCAGAAAAUUCUCCAUUGCAUUCUGACACCAAUUCCCCAAUCUUAACGUCUGAGAGAUCCCCAUCCAUUGGCUCAACUCCUGAUGGAAAACCUGAGACCCACCCAUCUGGUGGGUUGAGCAUGGAUAAAGAUUCUAUGGAAAAGUUGACCAAGGAUUUUGCUGCUGAAGCUGAGGCUGCUAAUGCUGUCUGGCAAUUAGCACAGUCUGCAUCUGCCACUCCUGAAGUAACAUCGGUCUCUGACGAGAGCUCUCAAGUUCCAGACACCGCUUCUGAGGGUAGCGAUAGUGAGUCAGCUGUCCGCCUCCAUCCUAGAGCUGUCGUAGUUGCAAAAGAAACUGUUGGGAAUCUGGGGGGAAUGGUGAGGCAGUUGUCAUUGGAUCAAUUUGAAAAUGAGAGUAGACGAAUGCUUCCGUCAUAUAAUGAUAUUUCAAAUCCAACAAAAAAAUUCGCAAGGCAGAAAUCACCUCAAGGAUUGCAUAAGAAGAUCAUAUCCACUUUGCUUAGGCCGCGAAAUUGGAAACCACCUGUAAAUAGAAAGUUCUUUCUUGAUUCAUAUGAAGUGGGUGAGCUUUGUUAUGCAGCUGAGCAGAUCUUCAUGCAUGAGCCUACAGUUCUUCAACUGAAAGCUCCUGUCAAAGUGUUUGGUGAUCUUCAUGGACAGUUUGGUGAUCUGAUGCGGCUGUUUGAUGAAUAUGGAUUUCCUUCCACUGCUGGAGACAUUACUUACAUUGACUAUUUGUUUCUGGGUGAUUACGUUGAUCGAGGACAGCACAGCUUGGAGACAAUCACUUUACUCUUAGCUCUAAAGAUUGAAUAUCCAGAGAAUGUACAUUUGAUAAGGGGUAAUCAUGAAGCUGCUGAUAUAAAUGCACUUUUUGGCUUCCGUAUUGAAUGCAUUGAGAGAAUGGGAGAGAGUGAUGGGAUCUGGGCAUGGACGCGUUUCAAUCAACUUUUUAACUAUCUUCCAUUGGCUGCUUUCAUCGAAAAGAAAAUCAUCUGCAUGCAUGGUGGCAUAGGGAGGUCAAUAAAUUCAGUUGAGCAGAUAGAGAAGAUAGAGAGGCCAAUAACAAUGGAUGCUGGUUCGAUAGUCCUAAUGGAUUUGCUAUGGUCCGAUCCCACAGAAAAUGACAGUGUAGAAGGAUUAAGACCUAACGCCAGAGGACCUGGUCUUGUAACAUUUGGGCCUGAUCGGGUAACUGACUUCUGCAAGAAAAACAAACUAGAGCUGAUUAUUAGAGCACAUGAGUGUGUUAUGGAUGGAUUUGAAAGAUUUGCCCAGGGGCAGCUGAUUACUCUUUUUUCUGCCACCAACUAUUGUGGAACCGCCAACAAUGCUGGUGCUAUACUAGUAGUAGGCAGAGGGUUGGUUAUUGUUCCAAAGUUGAUCCAUCCUUUGCCGCCUCCUCUUCAAUCCCCUGAAACGUCUCCAGAACGAGUCAUGGACGACACCUGGAUGCAGGAACUCAACAUUCAAAGACCGCCUACUCCUACUAGGGGUCGUCCACAACCAGAUCAUGACCGGAGCUCACUUGCCUAUAUUUGAUGCCCGGUCAUCUAUUCGGGUUAUUUCAUUUUGCUCUGUUGUGGAGUUGCAAAUUCCAUCGGUGAUGCAUUCAUAGAUUGAUUGAAAAGUCAGCGCGGAUUGACCAUGUAUAUCUCUGUAGUCUUCAAAAGCCCUUCUGUAUUCUACAGAUACUAGUCAGAAGGCAUCCAAUGCUGUAACAUAGCUGGAGAGGUAGAGGUUUAGCUGUUAAGGAGUGUGAGAAGUUGACAUAGAUUAGUAUUAAUGAUGUUUAAACAGGGUUAUUUAUAGUGGAAGGGAGUAUUGUUAGCAGAGUGCUAGGUGUUGUGAUGUAAAAAGCUAUAGAUAUUUUAUUCUUAAAACUUAAUCAUCAGUGUGGUUUCUCCA